CAACGAUAUGGGGAUGGCAGGGCCACGCCAUUGAAACGGUGUCAAUUCCACCGAGUCAGGGUUACAUAUCUCUAAAGAGGAAUCUGAAAACCAAAUGCCUUCAUCUCACAGCAAUCAUUCACAUCCGUCACGUCACAGCCACUUCCCUCAGCCACCACCCCCAACACUACCAGAAAUGCAAAUGCAAGUGCCAAUGAACCCAGCUCCUUACAACCCAGCUCCCUACAACCCUCCGUCCCAAAAUGAAAUCACGAUUGCUCCGGAAACUGAGCAGUCUUCGGGGUCAGCAAUGAUCGAGUGCUUGGCGACCCUCGGCUCAAUGUUUUUAUUCUUUAUCAGUUUCCCAGUUGCAAUCUUUUUCUGUUUCAAGUCCGUUCAAGAAUAUCAGAGGGCAGUAAUCUUUCGCCUGGGACGCAUCAGACCCGGUGGGGCUCGCGGUCCAGGCAUAUUUUUCGUUCUGCCUUGCAUUGAUGACUACAGAUGUAUAGAUUUACGAACGGUCACUUACGAUGUCCCACCGCAAGAAAUUCUGACAAAAGAUUCCGUGACUGCGGCUGUGGACGCCAUUGUGUUUUUCAAAGUUUGGAAACCAGUACUUGCCAUAACCAAUGUUGAAAACUAUAGACAAGCAACGCAACUGCUUUCGUCCACAACGCUUCGGAACAUUCUAGGAACGUUGACAUUGUCUCAAAUUUUGUCUGAUCGGGAACACAUUUCACAAACGAUGCAGAGAUUAAUGGACGAGGCGACGGAUCCAUGGGGCAUAAAAGUGGAACGCGUUGAACUGAAAGAUGUGCGUUUGCCAAUACAGCUUCAACGGGCUAUGGCCUCUGAAGCGGAAGCCACGCGUGACGCGCGCGCUAAAGUUCUAGCGGCGGAAGGAGAAAUGGAGGCUUCAAAAGCGCUGAAACAGGCGUCUGAUGUGAUGAUGUCUUCGCCUGCAGCUCUUCAGCUCCGAUAUCUUCAAACACUUACGACAAUUGCUGCCGAAAAGAAUUCUACAGUGAUUUUCCCACUUCCGAUUGAAUUCCUCAAGUCAUUUGGAAAGUAAUAUGAUGUCAAAUGAUUUCGAAUUAACGGGUACGGUACGAAUUCAGAUCAUUAUUGUGGGAACUUUUGUUCCAAAACAAAAUGUAAUCUGAA